AUGGUGGCAGCUUUGCGAUCAAAUGCUUCAUCGCAGGGUAAAAAUUACGAAGAGGAUGUAGUUAAAGAGCUGUUAACUUCGAUCAUUUCCGAGAGGAAAGAGAAAGAAAAUAUAGAGCUAGCCGAGGGGAGAUUACGCAUAGAAAGCGAACGGAUAGCAUUAGAAAGAUUAAGACUCGAAGCGGAAAACCGGAGUCUAAAUUCGGAAGGUCCGGUGGAUUCGACAAUGAGUCCCAGAGUUAAAAGUUUGGAUGAAAUUGUGAAAACUAUAAAAUUGCUGACGAACAGUUUAGAAAAGGCCCUCGCGAGUGAGAAAGUAGCGGAUAAUUUAAAAUCUAAGGUGUUAAUGUGUUUGUUAGGAGACAAAGCUGCGCAUCUUUUAACUUAUUUAGAGGAAGAACAGUACGAGGAUUACGAGGCUUUGAAAACCAUAGUGCUUCGGGAAUAUGAACCUUCACCUAAGACUUGUUUGGAAAAUUUUAAGCGGGCUAAAAGGAACCCGGAGGAAAAUUUUACUCAGUUUGCUACAAGAUUAAAUUCUAUGUGGAGUUAUUACUGCAAAUUGAGGGGAGCGACGGAUCUGGAAACUGUCAAUCAGUUAGUAGUUGCGGACAGAUUAAUGGAAACGCUCGAUACGGAAACUGCUACUCAUAUUGGUAUUAAGCAAGGUGAAAAUUGGUGGAAACCAAAGGAGUUAGCGAGAGAAUGCGAUAUGUUUUUUUCGGCAACCGGGAAAUCUUACGCUAAGGGUUAUAGGAAAGAGAAUGAUAUUAAAGAGGGAUUAUCACCAGAGAGGAUUAAAGUAAAGCCAAAAGAAAGCUAUAAACUUGGUCCAGAGAAGCAGGCUUCAACAGUGUCAAAUAGAGGCAAAAUAAACUCUCCUCAGAAAAAUUUCGCAUGUUACAAAUGCGGGUCAAGAGAACAUUUUAAGCGUGAUUGCCCUCAAAAUAAAAAUACGAAGGACAAAUUUGCGAAAGUGAACAGAGCAAGUGCAGUAGAUAGUGGAGAGGUUAUCGAAACUCAAGAGAACAGAGUUAUUGUUGCCAAAGCGGGACAUUUUGGAAAGGAAAUUUCUAGACAAUCAAUCGAAGAGGAGUUAUGCAAAUUGGAUAGAGUGCAGGUGUUAUAUAUGUUACGGGCGAAAACACUUGUAAAGAUCGACAGUUCAACGGAGAACGGAAGUAGCAGUGGUUUGGUUCUACGAAUCGAAGGAUUCCUCGAACGUGGGAGAGGCAGAAACACCUCAGGACUUAACUUAACACGGGAAUUUGAGAAAAGAUUAGGAUCCAGUCCGAGAUUUUCGACACCCAUGUACCCUCAGUCAAAUGGUUUAGUCGAAAGGUUUAAUCAGACUUUGAAACGUAUGUUGCAUCAUAUUAUUAGAGAGGAAGGUCGAGCUUGGCAUGUCCAAAUACCUUACGCAUUAUGGGCAUACAGGGAAAUACCUAACAGUACUACAGGGGUAUCACCUUUCCAACUAUUGUAUGGUAGACCCCCACAAGGACCGUUAUCUAUUUUAAAAUCUACAUGGUUAGGGGAGCAUGACGAAUUAAAAUUCGAUCUGAAGCCAAUUCAUAAAUAUUUGCAAGAUUUGAAGGAGCGGUUGAAACGUGCUGCUGAGCAAGCUGAUCUUACGAGUGAAAUCCAACAAGGUAGGAUGGCGCAGUAUUAUAAUUUGCGCUCUUCGAGUAAAACUUUUGAAAUAGGAGAUAGGGUUGUAGUCCUCAUACCUGAUUCAAGCAACAGGUUAUAUGCUCGUUGGCAGGGUCCUGCAACAGAAAAAAACCUCAUUGUUAUGGCAUUCCAAUGGCAUAUAUCGCAAGAGGUGGACAAACAAGUCAAGGAACUUCUAGAGCUGGGUCUCAUUGAACCGUCGGAAGCGGACAUAGCCCACCCGGUUGUGUGUGUGGUCAAGAAAGACGCGACAAUCAGGAUGUGCGUUGAUUUCAGGGCAUUGAAUUCGAUCACUAAAGUGCCGGCAUUUCCUAUGAAGGAUAUGCAUGAAUUAAUAUAUGUGGCUGGGCAUUCAAAAUGGCUAUCAAGUUUAGAUAUGCGCAGAGGAUACUGGCAAAUCGGAAUGGAGGAAUCAAGUAAACCACUGACAGCGUUUUCAACUCACAACGGGACGUUUCAGUGGAACGUCAUGCCGUUUGGUUUGGCAGGAGCGUCAGGUACCUUUCAAAGAGAAAUGAAUAAGGUUCUUUUCCAGUACAGCGAUUUCGCCCAAGCAUAUAUAGACGAUAUUAUAAUUUUUUCAAACACGUUUGAAGAACACCUGAAGCAUCUAGAAACGAUCCUUAAGAUACUGGAACAGUUAAAAUUUUCUGUCAGGCUCAGUAAGUGUGAUUUUGCAGCUAAGGAAAUAGAUUACCUAGGACAUAAGAUAGGAAACGGCAAAACACGGCCCAGAUCCUA